AUGGAAUCUGAACCACCACCAGCUGAAAUGCCCGCAGAAUCAACAUCUGUCCAAAAUGAUGACGAAUCUAAUAAGGAUCCAAAUACUAAUGCUAAUAAUACUCCAGCUCUGUCGGGUCCGGCUGUUGCGAAUACUGGAGAUGUAGUGGCUACCUCUGCGCCAUCGUCGGCAAAGGAAACUCCGAAAUCGAAUUCAAAAAAACCUAAGAAAAGGAAACCCAAAGCUCCUCGCGAUGUUACAGCACCUCGGCAACCGCUGACUGGAUAUGUCAGAUACUUGAACGAACGAAGAGAUCAAUUGCGAGCUGAACAGCCAGAUCUAGGAUUUGCGGAGUUAACUCGCCAGUUAGCUAGUGAAUGGAGCAAAUUACCUGCUGAAGAAAAGAAACAAUAUUUAGAUGCUGCAGACCAAGACAAAGAAAGAUACCUACGUGAAUGGGCUGAAUAUAAAAAGACAGAUGCAUAUAAAGAGUUCAGGAGACAGCAGCUAGAACAAAAGGAUCCCAACUUCUCAAAGAAAGUAAAACAUAAUCCACCAGAGAUAGCUGUUCCUGCAGCAGGAAUUACACCAGCUCCUGCAGAUCAAAAUGCAACUACAAACACAAACAGUGGUACUGCUCCAGCAGCUAUAAAUGUGCCUCGGCAGCCAACACCACCUCGACCCAGACCUUGUAUAACACCAGCUUCAGGUGAAGAAUUAACUGCUGGAGACACAGAUAUACCCAUAUUUACAGAUCAAUUCCUUCAACAUAAUAAGCUAAGAGAAUCUGAAUUAAGGCAGUUGAGAAAAGCCAAUUCAGAUUAUGAACAACAGAAUGCAAUAUUACAAAGACACGCUGAAGAAGUAAGUGGAGCUACUGCUAAACUUAGAGUUGAAACUGCAGCUGCCGCAGAGCGCACGGCUGCUUUAUUAGCACAUCGUCGCGCACUUGUUGCUGCACUAGUCCAAGCAUUGCAACUAGUGGCAAUACCAGGAGGACCAACAGGCGCCACAGAGCAAAACAUUGAGGAAUAUUUAGAGAAAUUGCAAAAUCUAGCAACUGAAGGUAAAAAUAGUGCAGUUGUAAAACAAGUUCGUGAUAUUCUCAAUAAUAUAGAACUACCUAUCAAUUAA